CGCCCCGAGGCGGCCUGCCACCGGCCAGCUGCACCACGCUCCGGUUCCCUUCCCUUCACCUUCAGCUGCUGCUGCCUGCUGGGUCUACUUCACAGCAUUGCCACCUUCAUUUGUGAGCGCCCUCCUUCGCUUGCAUCACCAGUCACCACUCACCACUCCCUCGGAGGUGAAAGCGCUCCGGCGGGUGGCUAGCGAAAUGGCCGGGGGAAGAGGCGGCGCAAGGCGAGGCGCCGUCGUCGCCGCCGCGGCGCUCGCCGUCGCGUGCUGCUGCAUGGGCGUCGCCAGCGCGGCCCCCUACUACGUCGGCGACGGCGGCGGCUGGUCCCUCAGCAGCGCCAGCUGGCCCAACGGGAAGCAGUUCCGCGCCGGCGACGUCCUCGUGUUCAGGUACAACCCGUUGAUCCACAACGUGGUGGCGGUGGGCGAGGAGGGGUACAGCCGGUGCACCACGCCGGCGGGGUCGAGGACCUACGAGUCCGGCAACGACGCCGUGAGGCUGGCCAGGGGCGACAACCGCUUCAUGUGCACCCGCCUCUACCACUGCAACUUCGGGAUGAAGAUGGUCGUCAACGCCGCCUGACAGUCUGCACUGCAUUCCUCUGUUACAUUUGGUUGCCGUGAGGGAUUGUUUGCUGUGUUUCUGUGGGUGUUAGACGACUAUCUGCGUGUGGUGUAUUGACUCUGACGGAAUGUGAGUGUUCGUUCUUAUUAUUUGUGAUGAAUGGGAAGUUCAUUGCCUAUCCUACGACGACGACGACGAUGUUUCCUUCCUUUUAUUCAUUUUCAGUGACUCGUUUAGUCA